UGGACGGGACGCUUCUUCAGGAACAACAACACGGCUUCUCUUUCAAUCACCUCGGUAGCUUGCUAGCCAACAUACAACUGAAAGAUUGAGGUUUUAGACUAUGUUAAUUAUCUGAUCUCAGUGUUUAAAACGCAUUUCUGUUGACCUAUCAACUGGUUAACUCGAACCUAAUUUGCUUGUUCAAUUUGCAAACUUGUUAAAGAUUGAUGCUGAGCCUAGUACUAGGCUAGUCGCUAAUGCUAACUAGCUAGCUAACAUCACUGACCAUGAGUUCACUGACCAUGAGUUCACUAAACUUCUCCUCCCCUGCUAAAGAAGAUGAGGUUUGCUGUUUGGAGAGAGAAGCUCUGGCGCUGAACAUUGUCGUGAAAGAGGAGGAGGAUAUUACAGUGAAAGAAGAGAAAGAACCUUUCAGAAUGAAAAAGGAGGAAGAGGAGGUUGUUAUAGGGAAAGAAGAGAAAGAACCUUUUAGAGAGGAAGAGGACGCUAUCUCAAUAAAGGUGAAGAAGGAAGACGUUCUGGGAGUGAAAGAGGAGACAGAAUAUCAGAUUACCACCAGAGAGAGACAUGACUAUUGUGGAUCCUCUGGGGAGCUUCAACAACAUCCUGAUGCUGACGAGUCAGAGAAGAGUCUCUCCAGAUCAGAACACCAGAUGGACAACGCUAGCCCUUCCACCCUCCCGGAGUCCCCGUGCCGUGUCUCUCCCGGUAGCACCUUACUGCUGGGUAUGAAGAGGUUGUCUGUGCUGCUGGUGGACUGCAGGAAAACAACGGGGCUGAGUGGAACUGUGAGAGGAGGAGAAGAGAAGAAAGGAUCAGAUUUGACUCAUCAAAGAGAAAAAACGAAUUCGGAGGAACCAGAGACAUCCAAACCAGCAAGACGGCACCUCUGCUCCCAGAUUGGAAAGCGUUUUACCAAGUUAGGAAGCCUGAAAAGACAUGGGAGGACGCACACUGGAGAGAAGCCACACCAUUGCGCCCAGUGUGGACAUAGUUUUAACCAGUUAAGGAGCCUGAAAGCUCAUGAGCGAAUACACACAGGGGAGAACCCUUACAAAUGCUCAGACUGUGGAAAGACAUAUUACUCAUCAUGGUCACUUAAAGUUCAUGUGAGAACCCACACAGGGGAGAAGCCAUACCACUGCCCCCAGUGUGCAAAGAGUUUUAGCCAGUUAGGAUACCUGAAAGCCCAUGAGCGAAUACACACAGGGGAGAGGCCUUACCACUGUUCCCAAUGCGGAAGUAGUUUUAGCCAGUUAGGAAACCUGAAAGUUCAUGAGCGAAUACACACAGGGGAGAAGCUUUACCAUUGCUCCCAAUGUGGAAAGAGUUUUAGCCAGUCAGGAAGCCUGAAAAUUCAUCAGCGAAUACACACAGGGGAGAAACCUUACCACUGCUCCCACUGUGCAAAGAGUUUUAUCCAUUUAGGACAUCUGAAAGAACACAUGAGACUGCACACAGGGGUGAAGCCUUACCAAUGCUCAGACUGUGGGAAGACCUAUUACUCAUCACAAUCACUUAAAGUUCAUGUGAGAACCCACACAGGGGAGAAGCCUUACCACUGCUCCCAGUGUGCAAAGAGUUUUAGCCAAUUAGGACACCUGAAAGCCCAUGAGCGAAUACACACAGGGGAGAAGUCUGCUCCCACUGUGCAAAGAAUUUUUUCCAAAUUAUGAAGCCUGAAAUAACACAUGAGACUGCACACAGGGGAGAAGUCUUACAAAUGGUCAGACUGUGGGAAGACAUAUUACUCAUCACGGUCACUUAAUCAUCAUGUGAGAAUCCACACAGCAGAGAAUAAUUACUUCUAGUGUAUAUUGAUAUUUCACAUCACAUUGACUUAAUUACUUCUCCUAGUGUGUAAAUGUAUAUUUUACAUCAAAUUGACUUAAAAUUCAUCAGAGAACAUACACAGUGCUCCCAUUGUCUUAUAUUGUUGACUGAGAAUGUGUUUAGUUGUUUAUACCAUAUGAAAUUAAAUGGUACAAAGUAUACUCAAACAUAUAUUUGUAUGUUUUUAUUAGAAAACAUGAAUUGAAUAUGGUGUAUGUCAGUUUGAAUACAGAGUAGAUCAGAUUCCAUGUGUUUAAAUGGUCCUUUUUUUAAACUCUGACUGUGUUUAUCUGGGUGUCUUUCCUCCAGCACUACAGAUAAUACAGUGAUAUUUGGAUGUGAUGCAUUUGUUCCAUUGUUUACAUUUGCAUUGUUGGCCCACUGAUGAUUUAAUGAAAUGAAAAUGUUCACAGACUCUGUAAUGGAAAAUGUUAAUUGUAUGUGUCCACAUAACUGAGUAUGUGACUAACCUUGUGAAACUGUCCUAUUAUAAUCUCCUGUUCUUGGGAGUAUCAUCCUGUGUUGCAGAUCAGCUGCACCUGUGUCCUUGAAUGAAUAAAGUCCCUCCCAGGAACAGGAAACAAUAAAGAUAUGUGCUCAUCACCCAAUGCUUCAGGAAUUCAGAUUGUCUACACUGCGCUGUGUAACUCUGUUAUUCUCUCUGAGCUCAGAAAUAAAGAAUCUUGGUUUGA